GCCCGGCGGGUUCGGUGGGCGGGGCUGCGGUGUGAGCAGGCGGCCCGGCUCCCCUCCUCCUGCGCCCGCCCGGCCACUGUGAUUGGGUGGAAGUUGGCGCUGGCCAGAUGGAAAAACUAAUGACAGUCUCCAAAUUCACCUCCAUCUGUACCAUGGGCGCCAAUGCUUCAGCAUUAGAAAAGAUUGGUCCAGAACAGUUUCCGGUCAAUGAGCACUCUUUUGGAUUAGUCAGUUUGGGGAAUACCUGCUACUGCAAUUCAGUUCUUCAAGCACUUUAUUUUUGUCAUCCAUUUCGGGAAAAAGUUCUUGCAUAUAAGAGUCAACCUAGGAAAAAGGAGAUCCUUCUUACAUGCUUAGCAGAUUUCUUCCAUAGCAUAGCCACUCAGAAGAAAAAGGUUGAAGUAAUACCUCCUAAGAAGUUCAUCACAAGAUUACAGAAAGAAAAUGAGCUUUUUGACAACUGCAUGCGACAAGAUGCCCAUGAGUUCUUAAAUUACCUACUGAAUGCAAUUGCUGAUAUUUUACAAGAAGAGAGAAAGCAGGAAAAACAAAAUGGUCGCCUACCUAAUGGUAAUAUUAAUAAUGAAAAUAAUGACAGCACCCUAGACCCAACGUGGGUUCGUGAGAUUUUUCAGGGAACAUUAACUAGUGAAAUCAGAUGUCUUACUUGUGAAACUAGUAAAGAUGAAGAUUUUUUAGACCUUUCUGUUAACGUGGAACAAAAUACAUCAAUUACUCACUGCUUAAGGACUUUCAGCAACACAGAAACUCUAUGCAGUGAAUACAAGUAUUACUGUGAAGAGUGUCACAGCAAACAGGAAGCACACAAACAGAUGAAAGUUAAACUGCCCAUGAUUCCAGCUCUACACCUGAAGAAAUUUAAAUAUAUGGAUCAGCUUCAUCGAUAUACAAAACUCUCUUACCAGGUAGUUUUUCCUUUAAAACUUCAUCUAUUUAACACUUCAGGUGACACCACCAAUCCAGACAGAAUGUACAGCCUUGUUGCUGUUGUGGUUCACUGUGGGACUUAUUUCAUUGGUCCUAAUCGAGGCCAUUAUAUUGCAACAGUUAAGAGUCAUGAUUUUUGGUUGUUGUUUGAUGAUGACAUUGCAGAAAAAAUAGAUGUACAAGCUAUUGAAGAAGUCUACGGGCUGACAUCAGAUAUCUCAAAGAACUCUGAGUCUGGUUACAUCCUUUUCUAUCAGUCUCGGGCCUGAGGGGGAACCGUGAUAAAGAGUUACUUUCUGCCUCAUUUCUUCUCUGGUUAUUUUGGAAAGGAUCAAGCACUGAUUUUUCCAAGAAAAGAGAAAUGCAGGAAGCUCAUGGGGCAGUAGCACACUUUGCACACGAUAAAGCAAAGACGAUGGAUUGACAAGCCCUUCCCAUCAUGGUAGUUGAUUUAUUUGCUCAGGUAUCAUGCUGUCUGUACAGUUCCAUUCAACAAGGAGGUGAAAUCAGAGAUACCAGCUCCUCUUGUAAAACAGCCUUCUAGUCAUUGUCACGCGUUUUCUCUUUAUUAAUUGUACCAAUAAUGCUGUGAAUUCCUUGGGGGUGCAGUAGAAAGAAUCGGAAUCUGUGCUGUAUUGAUAAGGAGCUGAUGUCGAACACACUGCAUACAUUUGCCUGGUUCAGUGUGUAUAGAAGCAUAUUCGGUGGUCUUUUCGAGAGUAAACCAGAAAUACUUUUGGGCCCAACACUUGCAGUUGCCUUCCUGAUGUAAAAACUAACAUGCUAGAUAAUCCAGUGUCGGGAAGACAAAGAUGUUUUGCUUCUCUGAAGAAGCUUAUAAUAAUAUAUGUAGGGAGCAAUUGGUCAAAAGUGGCUUUUUGUUUCCCCAAGGGGAAAAACUGGCUUUGCAAUCAUAAUUUUUUCCUUAUUUAUUUUACUUAAAACUGGUAGAGUCUAAGUAUUAUAUGAAGUGCCCAUGAUUCUCUCAGUAAAUUUGAGCAUAUUUUUAUUAGUUAAUGUCAGUUUAAGUAGUCCUUUUGUCUGUUUCUAUUUUUAAGGUGAAUUUUAAAUUCUAUCUGAAAUCAGUAAGAUAUCUUGAGAAAAACUGCAAUGAGAGGAGGUAAAUAUCCUUUUUCAGGAGGAACUGAUAUCUCUGGCCAAAUCCUUUUAUUUUGGUUUCUAAAUCACUUAUUUUCUUCAGCUUUAGUUUCAUAAAAUUAACAAACUAUAAAGAAAAA